AGAGGGUUGGAGCGCCUCGCCAGUGGGUGGCAUAGUGUUCCUUCUGACAGCAGCAGUCUUGGUGGGGCCCUGCCCGUCGACACUGUUCUUCCCGCUGACCGGCCAUGUCUCGCGCGCGGGCGAGGGUGGCGUCGGCGCGCGCGAGUUGCCCGCGCGACUGUCGCGGCUUCGCGUCCACGUAGCGCGUCGGGCCGCCUGGUCGUCGCUCGAGCAUUUGUGGCGGUGGAACUGAGGCGAAGCAGUCGGGGUGAUGGGAAGCGUCUCCCGCAGGGCUAUCGGAGGCAGCAUCCACAGAAUAAGAGAGUUCGAGCUAGAGAAGGUGUGUCUCGUGGAGGAGUUCGACAUCCUGCAGAUCGUGGGCGAGGGCUGGUUCGGCAAGAUCCUGCUGGCCGAGCACCGCGCCACGGGCGCCGAGAUGGUGCUGAAGGCGCUGCCCAAGCCGUACGUGGCGCUGCGCGACUUCUACCGCGAGUUCCACUACGGCCUGCACCUGGCGGCGCACAAGAACGUCAUCACCACGUACGACGUCGCCUUCGAGACGGCCGGCUUCUACGUGUUCGCGCAGGAGUACGCGCCGCUCGGCGACCUCACGUCCAACGUGUCGGACACGGGCAUCGGCGAGCUGCACAGCAAGAGGGUCGCCAAGCAGCUGGCGUCGGCGCUGGAGCACCUGCACGCGCGCGACCUGGUGCACCGCGACGUGAAGCUGGACAACAUCCUCGUGUUCAAGUCGGACUUCCUGCGCAUCAAGCUGUGCGACUUCGGCGAGACGCGGCGCUCCGGCACGCUCGUGCGCAGGCGCAACGAGUGGCUGCCGUACGCGCCGCCGGAGGUGCUGCUCACCAACAGCGACGAGACGUACAAGGCCGUGAGCUCACACGACGUGUGGCAGUUCGGCGUGGUGAUCUUCGUGUGCCUGACGGGCUGCCUGCCCUGGCAGAAGGCCAGCGGCGACGACCCCCGGUACACGCGCUACCUGCUGUGGCACGGCAGCUCCGGGGUGCUGAUGCCCGUGCGGCGACCCAAGCUCUUCAAGCUGCUCACGUCCAAGGCGCAGCGCCUGUUCCGCAAGUUCCUGGAGCCGCGCGCCGACAAGAGGCCGUCCACGCUGGCCGACCUGCACAAGUUCGCGGACGACCGGUGGCUCACCAAGACGUCCCUGGACAGGAACACAGGCCCGGGGGACGACGAGGGCGGCCUGUGCCCGUCCAUGUACAGCUUCCACAGCAGCGCCGAGGAGAAGAACAAGCUGCUGUUCACGCUGACCCAGUACGGCAUCGAGACGACGGUGGACCGCGGCGCCAAGAAAGACCGCAUCCGCGACUGGAUCCAGAGCAGCGUGAUCGGCGAGGAGGCGGAGGACGGCCUCGGGGACGACGACGAGGAGGAGGGCGCGGAGCAGAGGCUCGAGAGGGCCGAGAUCGCCCGGGGCGGCAAGCGCGCCGACGGCGGGUCGUCCACCGUCACCAGCAAGUCCGGCAGCCACUGAGGCCGGCCCCCCCGCGCCCGCACCGACGCAUUACCUUGUUCCACGGGCCAUUUCCGUACAGACAACACUUUUUAAAUGUUCUCGUGACAUUGAAAAAACUUACAUUGAAUUGCUUGCUUCGACGUGUUCCUGGAUGUCAUCCAGUUGAGCUGUCGUCUAGCAGAGGUGUGUCUGACUGGUCGUGGUGUAGAAUAGGAGAAUAAGGUAGAUGGGGGAUGAGCUAGUCCCAGAGGAAAGUAAGAGGUAAGAAAGCAGAUGGACCUCAAGCUCACUUCCGGUCUUUCUAUUCUCCCAGAUUGUAGACUGCUCUGGGAAAACCCUGGUCAGUGGCGUAUACAUGAAUAUUUUUGUGGGGAAGGCAGAGGGAGGGGAUAAUUAGGAGGAAAAAAAAAUAGAUAAACGUUUUUAAUUUGAACGUAUGUAUUCAAAAAACAUUACUAUUGACACUACCACACUGACUCAUGGGUCUCAGUAGUAUGGCUUCUCACACAGUAACUUACAGUAUUCACUGAUAUAUUGCACAUAUUUCAUAACUUACAGGGAAGGGGUAUACCUCCUCUAGCCCCCCCCCCCUCACCCUGCAUCCGCCAAAGCCCUGUUGAUCCAAAACUAAACAAUGCGUCCUAUGAUAUAAUUAUUUGUCGACACACACGUGUGUAGGCUUACAGUUAGGUAAUAGUUGUUACUAGCUUUUUUUUUUGUGUAUUUUACUUACCUUUUUACAUUUAUAGUAAGUUCAUUCAUGCACCUACAUUCUUGGGGAAAACAAAAGGCAGGGAUAUUCUAAGAAUACCCACGUGCAAGUAUGGACAUUCCCAUAAAUCUGGCAAUACUGUGGAGCACGUGUUUUGUGACUGCACAAAUAUUCGCAACAGUACCUACUUACAUUUUGUUGACACAUAUGAAUUAGUGAUGUUGACUGAUUAACAAUUAAAUUAAGAUGUUUCAAUGACUGCACUCUUUUGAGUUAGGGUACGUAUGUGGGUUUUCCUAUCUUUGGUUCAAUUACUAUUCAGGUCCAUUGAGUAGAGAAUUUUGUAGUUUUAUUCUUGUAUGUAUGAUUGUAUGUAGUGUUAUAAAAGAUUUUAUAAGGUGUUACAGUGAUGUGGCUUAUUUUGAUUCAUUACAUGAUAUAAAUUAUGAUUGUAUGAAUUUAUGAUCUAUAAUGAUAAGCAGAAACUCUUAAUAAUGUAUUAAUGUUGAUGAACAACAAAAAGUGGUCCAAAUUACUGUUAUUUGUCAGAAAACAUUAUUUAUUAAACUAGUAGUGUUGGGUCAAUUCCUAUAAUAUGCCGGUUGCAAUUUUAGUUUCGGUUCUCAUUUUUGGGUUUCAAUUUUUCCAAUUUUAUUCCAUUAGGUUUAUUACUUUUCAAGAUAAUGCUAUCAAACUUUCCUGAUAUACAUACUUGAAAAAAAAAAUAGUUUAUUUUGCAACUGUAGCCUAAUUAAUAUUAUUUUUAUUGUUUUCAAUUACAGAUAAAAUUAGACAUUUAUACCGAUAAGACAUUGUAAUGUCAGUUAACUGUGAGUCCCAAAAUAAAUUUACAUGUGCGUGCUAGUGUGUUUCUGUUGAACAGUAAAACUAAAAUAUUAUUUUAUUUUAAAAUAUAUUUUACAUUAUAAAUAAAAAACAUAAAGAAUGUGACAUUAAUUUGUUGUAUUUUUAUACUAUGACAAAAAUGCAUUGGCGAUUAAAUUAAAACUAGGUUUGGAACAUCGCUUCAACAACAUUUCAAAUAUCAGGCAACACAAGGCAAAAGAACUUGCGCAGACUCCAAAGUUACCGGUUGGUCGUGUGAUGAGCACGUCAAAAGGGAAGGGGGUUAGUCUGCAAGCUGACUCCUGGUUGAUAAUGUUGUUCAUGGUUGGAUGGCUGGCUGUCCAAGUUACAUACAUAAUGGCUUUUAUGUUGGGAUUUAAAUUUAGUAUUAAAUUGGGUGUGUCACUGGUGCGGACAAGAUGGGCAAAACAUUGCUACACAUUUCGGUGGAAAAAAAUAGUUGUGCAAUUUUGCGUACAAUGUCACUGAAACAACAGGUGUCUCAAUAUCAACAGUUAAACAUGUUCUAGCAUAGGGCCAGGCGAAGCGCAAAACCAGUAUAACUUUUUCGACAUCUACAGGUAAGAAAAUUGACCAUAGGAAAAUAAUAUAAGCAGAUGUUUUUACGUGUGGUACUGUGCAGAGAAAUAUUUACUAGUCUAUACUGUAGCAGGGAAUGCUUGAGAAACUUACUGAAGAAGCUAGGGUUCUGAUGGAAAAAGUAUCAUUGAAAAGAAAGAUUUUGAUUGAAAAGCUUGGGUUAGCAGCUUGGAAAGGGCACUAUAUUGAACAAAUAUGUGGAUUCCAAAAGGCUAGAAAAACCAUUUUUUACGAAACUCGUAUUCAUGCUACCCCAGUGUUCAGUGCUUGUUGACAGACUGAUCCAGAAAUAGACCUCAAAGAAUCGAUUGGUAAAGAUCCACAGUUAAUUAUUGUGCAUGCAGGUGAAGGGGAUGGCUUUAUUUAGAAUGCUUUGCUUAUUUUCAAGUCAAAGCAGAAGUCUGGAGACUACCACAACGACAUGAAUUUUGAAAAUUUCUCAAUGUUGUUGAAAAGAAAAUUACUACCAAAUUUGCAGUACUGAAUAACACCAGUUAGGUAUUAUAUUGUCCACUUGAACAAAAACCUACAUCAUUCCUAAAACAAGACAUCUAAAAUUGGCUGACAAACAAAAUUGCAUUCCCUGCAAUAAAGACGAAAGCAAAUCUUUUGCUUUUUAGUAAAACCACACUAAUCUAAAAUAGAAGCAUUAAUUACAGUAUGUGGCCAUGAUAUUCAUCUGCCUCCAUGCAAUGGCAAUCUGAACCAGAAUGAGCUUGUGUGGGCAAACAUCAAAAACAACAUCCGGGAAGAAAUCUCUUCAUCACUACAUGACAAAAAAAAAUUGUGAGAUUUGUUCAGCAGCUAUUCUGUGGAAAGGCUAGUCAAAAUUUUACAGGGGACUAUGUGAAGAGUGACGGGAGAAUAUAUUUUGAAAAUGAUAAAAUAUUAAUGAUCGUCGGAUGUUCAAGUGACAGUGAUUUUGCAAGUGAUACAGAAAGCGGGAAAAACUGUCUUACAGUGGUAAUUUUAUAUGUCUGUUUCAAUGUCUUGAAGUGGGAUAUACAUGUAAUUAACAGGUUCUGAAGAACUUUGGGUAUAAUAUAGGCGCAGUUAUAAGUUUUUAGCUAUGCUAAAUUCGACUCGUUCCAUUUAAGUUUCUUCAGCUAUGCCUUUGGAAGGUCCUUUAAAUGUUGAUAUAUAUUAAAUAUGUUUCUAUAAGUAAAUGAGGUUUAUACACCUAAUUGAAACAGUAUUUUCAAUAACCAAAUACCAUUAUAAAAUUAUACAUAAAAUUAAAAAAAACUUGACAUAAUGAUGCACAUAAAAAUGUUUGGACUGAUCUUGAGACAGCAUUGCUGCUCGUUUAAGAGGGACUCAAGUGUAACGGUUAGGCCAGACCUCUCCAGCCAUGCCCCAAGAGGGAGAAAGCGGUUGAUGCGCAGAGUGGAAUCUGAGAAAGGUCUUCUGCUUCUUGUCGCAUUAUAGUAAAAAUUAUUGUAAUUAGAGUAGUAGUAAAAAUUAAUUGUAAUGGCACUUUUUAUUACUAAAUAUUGCUGUUAAGAAUGAAAAAGUAGUGUUAAUUUUUAAGAAUUAAGAGUUUUCAAUCAACUUAAGUCAUUGAAGUUUUCAUUCAGUAAAAUAAAGUCCUAAAGUUUUUAAAAAUAAAAUAUGAUUACUUAAAAAGGUUGCCAAUUAAUUGAAUGUAUUUUUUUAUUAAGUGAACAAAAAUCUAAUUAAUUAAUAGCAAAAUUUAUAUUAAAUUUUCCUCACAAACUGACCUAUCAACCAAAACCCUGUAAUUAAGACAGUUUUUCAAUUAAUAAAAGACCCAACUGAACAAUAAAAACCUGAUCAAUCAGAUGAAAAUCCUAAUCAUAAGUAAUGAUGAAUUGGUGCUGAUAGCCCUAUUAAAAUUAUACAAUACUUGCAAUUUCAAGGUUUUUCUAUAGCAGAUUAAUCAACAAGCUUCCAUUCUAUUGAAAUCAGUGGAAUCAGCAAAGUUUCUGAAUCGGACAUUUAGGAUGAACAACUUUAAAAUUUAUUUAUCAGCAAUAGUAGAGCAGCACAUGAAUCAUGAUUUUGCUUUCAUCGAGUGGUUUUUCAUAUUACACAAUGUACUGAUUUUAAAUAGGGUAAUUUUAUUUUGUUGUACAUUUUCAUAUUCAUGUAACUGUUUUCAUGUCAAAAUGUAUAAUAAAAAUAAUUUGAAAUGUUUUCAUUACAUUUGGCUACAAGCCCUCCACCCUUUUCAGAAUAUGGUUGAAUUGGUAUAAUCAGCAUAUAGUAAUUAAACUGUUAGUUUUGUUAUGUAUUUAUAAAUGAUUAUCUAAAAAAUCUUCAGUUAUUGUUCCGAGUAAGUGCUCUUUAUAAAGUAACUUAAUAAAAUUCUGAAAUUGUAUUUGUAUUUUUGAAUUCCUCUCAUGUUUGAUGAGAUUAUAAAAUGACAUUACAGUAGUUUCAUUAGUCAUUUACCGACUGAACGGUUGGUUAGGUUAGCUACAUUUAAAAUAAAGUAAUAU